AUGCUAGAACUUACUGAUCAACUUUCUUCUUUAACUACUUAUAUUAUUUAUCAAAUGCACUACAAUCAAAUUGUUGCUAAUGAUUAUUAUAAUCUUGCAACUAUGAGUUAUACUAAUCAAGAUAAUGUAGCUAUGAGCUAUAAUGAUUUGAUGAUUGAGCAUAACCAAGCUAGAAGACUUUUAGAGGUUGCUCAAAUAGAGAAGCAGCAAAUG